CAGGGGCGGGCUGACCUUUUGGAAACUCGGGCACUGCCCGAGGGCCCGGGGUCAGUAUGGGGCCCCAUGAGAUUCCCCGGGUACGUUUUUCAUAGGCUUUUUUGAGUUUGGGCAAGGACACAGGGGCCCCAUGAUCCCCUAUUGCCCGGGGGCCCCAUGCGAUGUCAGUCCACCCCUGGUUCGGAGUCCGCCCCUGACUGUAACAUACCUGCAUUAUUGUCCAGCUCUACUCAUUGCACUUCAUGUCACUGCACUG